ACUUCUCAGGUUGCUGCCACGUGAGACGAGACACAUCAUUGGUAGCAUGCUUGAGCUGGAUCCUAACAAGCGUGCUACGAUGGACGACAUCUUGGCCGACCCGUGGGUCCAGAAUGCUCUGGUGUGUAGACAGCAAGAGGAUGGAGAGAUUGUCAAAGCGCCAAACCACACGCACACGCUACAGCCUAGUAAUGCUUCCUAGUGUCGAUGCACAUAUCCAUCAGAUACAUACGACCCAAUUCUGACUGCAAGCUGCCAACGCCAUCCACCUUGAAAAAUGAAGCGAUUUCAUGACAAGGAUUUUUGAGUCCCGAUUCUGCGAGGAAGCAAGUAGACCUCUUUCCGCAUCUCUUCGGCUGAUGCUGAUGCAAUUGAUCUGGACGACAUUCGAUGCCUGAAUAUAUUCCGCAGCUCGCCGAUUGAUUAAUCGGAUUUUUUUAAGUGAGCAACCGAACAUGUUCCUGAAACAUCUCGCAUUUGAUGCAACGGUGAUUUGUAAAUCGGUUUGCCGACCGAUUUUGCACGCAAUACAAGCAAGCGAUGACAUGAAUUCCAAACCCUAGAACCCAGUAAUGAAACAUUGAAAUGGCUGCUGCAGCGCUUCAGUAUUUGCUGCUUCCCUCUUGUUCAUGUGUGUGAUAAGGCUAAGCUCUAUUAAGUGGAGCUGGAGCGCGAUGAAAGACAUGCUUACGGAAGGGUGGGGGGGGGGGGGGGGGUUCGAGCAAAGAUGCGAAUUUAUAAUAAGGGAGCCUCGAUUGCUCGCUGCAUCGGGUCCGCAUGUGAUUGUGAGCUGGCCUGGCCUGGCCUCUCUAACGUUGGUUGGCCGCCCAUGCCGCAGACUUUGAAACGUGCUCUGCUGGACC